AUGCUGUUCCAUAAGAUCCACAACUGGCGAUAUUACUUUCCAACCCUCCAGCAAUCAGGCUACCAUCCGGUAGAGGGCGUCGUCGACGACUCGAUCUGGAGGAAGGGCAGUUUCGAGAUUGUCUCGUCUGACGCCGUUCGCUUCCGCGUUGACUGUUGCCACCUCAAAUGCAGCACAGCGAUCGACUCGAAUUUGGGCACGGCUAUUCUGACCGACACGACCAUAGAGACAGCCGAGACGAUCCGCAGCUUCCUCGCGCUCGCAACGAACGCGCCCCUCCCCCUCCGCCCCUCGUGUGCCGGCAUCCCCGAGCUUCUUGCCUUCGUCGCAAAGUGGGGCGCUCCGUCGCUCCGCCAACCUCUCUGGGCGGCACUUGAGUCCGCCGUCCGCCGCCGCACAGUCUGGGCACCGUGGGCAUUCCAAGCCGCCGCGUUCGGCGACAACGCCGGGCUGUGCUCCCUCGUCCUUCGCACGGAGGCGCACAACGUCUGGGCAGAGGGCGUCGGCACCGGCACACCGGGAGAGAGCGUGUGGGAUCCCGCGCACUGGCCGCCCGCAUUCCGCGCCACGCCCACGCCGUACCUCUGCGCCCUGGAGCGAGCGUGGGAGAGCGCGGCGAGGAAGGGCGGGCUGGAGAGCAUCGCGGACGUCGAGCAGAUUGCGGGCGAGUUUGAACGCUUCCUGAGAAUCGCUAGGUCGGCCUCGAUGGCUCUGCAUGUGCACGACCACACUGAAAAGGUCUCUCGCGUGUAG